AUGCUCCCUUCGAGUCUCCUGUUCGUGCUGUCUUUGGUGCUCCUGUCGGGAUGUUUGGCUGCGGAAUCGCUAUAUAGCGUAUUGGGAGUGAAGAAGGAUGCUUCCGAGGCUGAUUUGAAGAAAGCCUAUCGGAAAUUGUCAAAGAAGUUACAUCCCGAUAUAAAUCCUGAUGAAGCAGCUCACGAAAGGUUUAUAGAAGUAUCGAAAGCUUAUGAGGUGCUGUCAGAUACGGAGAAAAGAGGGAUAUACGAUAGACAUGGAGAGGAAGGGCUAAAGCAGCACGAGGCAAAGAAACAGGCUGGAAAUCAGGAUCCAUUCGCCCGGUUCUUCGGAGGAGGUGCACCGCAGGAACAAAGGGGUCCAGGACUAAUAACGAAUUUAGAGGUCUCUUUAGCGGAUAUGUACACGGGGAGAACUGUUGAGUUCCAGAUACCGCGUAAGAUAAUAUGCACGCAUUGUCAUGGAUCAGGAGCCGAGUCGGACAAGGAUAUACAUGAGUGUCAGCAUUGUGGAGGACGGGGUAUGACUGUUCAGAGACAUCAGGUGUUCCCUGGAAUGUUCACGAACGUCCAGAUGCAAUGUAACCAUUGUAACGGUAAAGGCAAACGAAUAACCCGUCCAUGUCACUUAUGUAAAUCCAACAAAGUGCUAGAUACAGAUCAUACACUAGCUGUACAUAUACCUGCAGGUGCACCGGAAGGAUUCGAAGAAGUUUUCAGCGGUGAGGCAGAUGAGAGCACAGAAUGGGAAGCUGGAGACGUGGUGGUUCGGGUCAGAAGUAGGAGGGAAGAAGGGCAAGGUGGUUGGGGGAGGAAGGAGGGGGGUAUCACGGGGAGGGUUGUAUUGGGUGUUGCUGAGGCACUACUUGGCUUCGAACGUAAUUUGACGCAUCUUGAUGGAAGAACGAUACCUAUAGGGAGGAAAGGUACCACUCAACCUGGUGAAGUGGAAGUGAUAGAGGGCGAAGGGAUGCCUGCAUACUCGGAUGUACCGCAGGGUGACAUGUACAUAGAAUAUUCCGUCGUAAUGCCCACGGAAGUGACGGAUGAUACACAGGAGAAACUGCGGGAUAUUUUCGGGUACCAUCCAUCGUCAUCGCAUCAUGAUGAGCUAUAA